AUGAGCAAGGGAGGAGUUUCAAAAGAAAUUCAUGCCUACUACUACUGCUACAUCUAUUAUUGCAUCCGAACGUCUCUUCCUUAUGAAAAGAAGGGAUGCGGUUAUCGUUGCUUUUCCCUUGCUGCAUUGCCAGGGCCAUUGAGAACAUGUUCAGCAACAGGAGAAAAAGACGAACUUGUGUUAUUUGGAGUUGUAUUAUUGGGAGUUUGGUCGCCGUGUUUCUUGUUAUCAGCAUCAGGGAUGCUCUGCUCGCCUCCAGUGUCAUUUGCUCGACGGAAGAAGUCAUCAGCAGACACAUCGUCAAAUUAUGUGCUGAUGUGAAGAAGGAAGGAAUAGUAUCAUAUAGUAGAAGCAUAAAGGUAGAAGAUUUAUGCCAUGAUUUGUGUGAGGAAGAUAUAACAACAAAACUAGAAUGUAAGGCAUUUCAUCUUAACAAACCAACAGUUUUUGUACUAAACCAAGGCAAUAUAAAAGUUGUUAAGUCUGCUAUAAAUGCAGAAGAACGUGAAGAAGCCCUAGGAGAGACUGAGGAGGAAUAUUGGAACACAAAAGCAGCAAAUCCAUAUAUCCCAUCAAAAGAUGAAUUUAUGCAUAUGGUUAAUAUAUAUGUUGGAAAUUUCAUUGAUGGGGAAGUUAAUCAAGACAUAUUAUCUAGGUUAACUGAUCAUAGCAAUGUCUAUCAAGGUGAUAUAGAGUCGAUGGUUAACCACAGAAAUUUUUGGUUGCUUACCCAAGACCAUGAAUUCCUGACAUCACUCCUCUUCGAAGAGUACAACAUCUUCCCAAAAGUUCUUGGAACCUGUGGAAUUUAUUAUUCCAUGGAAUACUUCCAGCCCUUAACAAAAAAUGCCAUGAGACCUUUUGACUUCUCAUGGCGGGAAAGGCUCUGGAAAGCUUUGGAUAUUGUCAAGUAUGUAGGACGACUAGACUCUGUGUGGACAGAGCCUUUACAUUUGUGUGAUGUUAAACAUGAUCACUUUGGUUGGAGUGAUGAAAAUAAAGUCAGUUUUUUAGAUCUUGACUCCAUUCUAACAGACAGUGUUUUAAUAAAGACAUUGGAACACACACCAGCAUGUACAGAUAAUGAAGACUGUUCUUAUUUUGAUUGUAAAGGAAAGUGCCACCAUAAAACGGCUAAAUGUGGGUUGGAACGCACAAAUACUAAUUUGCAAGUGAUAUGUGAUAAAAUUUUUCUUGGGAACACUGAUGGUUUGAUAUCACUUUAUGGCUUACUUGUAUCUCAUGAAGCAAAUGAGGAAUUGUUAGAGGCUCUAGAACUAUGCAGAACAAAUCGGGGAAUGACAGUUGAUGGUAUUGCUGAGGUCAUUAAAAAGGCUGCUAGUCUUCUGAUGUAUUAGUUUGUGCAGAGAAACAUUCAUUAAUUAACAAGCAACACACCAAAGAUGAUGUUUAAAUGUGCAGCUAAUGGAGGACACAAGAUCUUUGUAGGGGUCUUAUUGCUCAAACUUUUAACAUCGGUAAGUAAAUAAGUACUACUGUAUUUUGUAAUAGCAGUUUGUGUUGCAAUAAGCAUUGUUGGCUUCAGCUGUGAUUUCAGGAUAGUUACAUCUCACAGCUGGUAACCACUGGUGAUUUGGAUGUACAACUAAGUGAGAAUUUUAGCUGAAGUAUAUUUACUGAAAAAUGUGUUCAUACAAAUGAACAACCCUUGUAUUUUUACUUGAACAUAAAUAUGUAGUGAAAGUGGACGAGCUGAAUGAAGAAUUGCUGCUAAAAUAAUUUAAAGUAGUGGUUAGUAUGUCAUUACCUGCUAGGGUAGCUUUGCAUCAUCUGUCAAGUGCUUAUACUUUUCACUGCUUCAGAUUGUAUGGUACUUGGGUUUUAGCAGUUUUUUCAUUCAUUUGCUAACAUAAUGUUGGAUUGCAACAUUUUAAUAUUAGUGAUUCAGUUGUUAGUUUGAAGCUAAGUAUUUGUUUAACCAAAGUUUACUCAUCUUCCCUUGGGACAUUUAUAAUCCAGGAGUCUGCACCACUUUUCCCAUUGCUCCCAAAAUUGAAGUAAUCUUGCACUUACUUGCAUACGGAGGACUUUGUCCUCAUUUCUUAGUUGAGUCUAGUGGAAGAUUUCUUGAUACCUUUGGGAGUGAACUGUCGUUAGCCCUUGGACUAAAACUCAUUCUAUGUCUGCAAUUCUGAAACUGAUGCAUCUGUGUUAAUCAGGCACUGAACACAGACGGCUCCUUUGGGAGCCUAGAAGACUGAGACAAAAGAUCCUGUGUAUUCUUUUUCUGUAAGUGAGAUGCAGUAAGACAAAAGAUCCUGAGUAUUCUUUUUCUGUAAUUGAGAUGCAGUACCUAGCACUGUCUCCGGUGGAAACUGAUGCGCAUGAUACAAAGGAGAAAAAAGUUGGAUGAUCUUUGAGUUGGUGUUACUCCUUUGGACAUGAAAGAAUGCCAAAGAUCUCGUUUCUUAACCCUUAAUGGACAGAUAGCUUGUCAGUAGUAAUAACAGGUUUGGGGUGGUGGAUGGAUGGAUGCUGUGGGGAAGCAAUAUUAAGCGCCAUUGAUUUGGAAAGAAUCGGGCUGGAAAGAGAUGCCAAUACUUCAAUACUUCAGUAGCCGAUAAAUUCACUAAUAACUUUAACACUGGCAAAAAUCAUGAAUCUAGCAUCUCAGGACUUCAGUUCUGCUUCUGACUUCAAAGGAGAAUAUAUUGCAUCUCUGUCUCGCAUGACAUCUUUUUGUAAAUUUGCUCUUGAAUGUACCAAGGGGUUGCUGUUGGUUUUUGUUCUUGACUUUUACGAUAGUAUGUUGGUUGUAAAUGUAAUUUUGCAAAGAAAAGUGCAAAUAAAUAUUAGAAAAAAUAUUUACAAAUAAAAAAAAGUGACUGAAUCUUCAUUCUUGGUAAAUUUAUGUAAAUAUUUUUCAACUAAUUUGCUAAGAAUUUGUUACUGAUUUUAUUUCUUAUCUGUUUUGAUAUGUGAGCUGUAAUUAUAAUUUGACAAAUAUAAAAUUAUUUAUUAGAAAAAACAUUGUUAAGUUGGUAAAAUUUACGAUUGUCUUGUAAAAGAAGCCCCACAAGGGUUUUUAAAUAGUAUAGUCAUUUUCAACUUCUCGUGGAAGGUAGGGAAAACGUUUUAGAAUUUUUUUUUCUUUCAUCAUGUGCAUUUGCAUAUCUUCCUCUUUCCAUUGAUGUGUUAUUUUUUCGUAGAUUGGCUGACCUCAAAGUGUACCCAGCCUGAGGAACUGCAUAUUUAUAUUUUUACCCAUCCACAAAGGGUUAAGGACUCCCAUCAUAUAUAGUUCCUCAUUGCACGAGUGGGUUAUGUGCUCGCCUACUGAUUUGGUAGUCCAAGUUUGAUUUCUCACUGUACCAACGUGGAAUCAGAGGAGUUUAUUUCUGGUGAUUAGGAAUAAAUUUCUCGAAAUAAUGUGGUUUGGAUCCCACAAUAAGCUGUAGGUCCUGUCACUAGGUAACCAAUUGGUUCCUAGCCACGUAAAAAUAUCUAAUGCUUCGGGCCAGCCCUAGAAGAGCUGUAUAAUGAGCUCAGUGGUCUGUCUAAUCCAAGAUAUACUUAACUUCCCAUCAUGUAUAGCAGGAAAGAACUCCCAACCAGUCUGCAGAGAAAUUCUGUGGGAACACUGACCAAUCUAGAAAACUCAUCACCUCAAAUACUUUAAAAGUAUUUUUCACUGAGUAAGCUAACUCAGUAGCCAAAAACAUUAUUUGGCAGCAUUAAAGGUUGCCCAGAGAAUUCCCCCUUUGAGGAGGCAGAUACUCCCUAAGAGGGGACUUCUAUUGUGGCCUAGGAGUGGUACUUAGAAUAAAAAUCCUAGUAGGAGGGAAACUGAAGGCAGCUUUAUCUUAUUUCCUCUUCAUUGGCAGCCAUUCUUCAAUCCCGCCAUAGGCCUUUUUCGCCAAAGAAGAAGGUACUAAUUUAAGCAGUCUUGAAUAGUUCACAGAAUGAGUUUCCAUUAAAAAGGAAGAAGCUGGUGAGGUAGGCGCUGAUGGGAGAGAAAAACUGGGAAAUGUUGCCAGCAGAAAUCUCAUUAACUAGGCAUAGGCUGUCGGAGGAGUGUCCGUUUCCUCUUCUUCCUCAGAGGAAACCAGAGAUAAAGCCAAAUCUGGGGAAUCUUCAGGAGAUGACAGCAGCUUAUUAAGAAGCUUCAAUAUACUCUCCAACUUCUUCUGGGUAGGAUCCAAAGUCGUUGACAUGUCUUAAAUUUGAGCUGUCUGAACUCUCAUACUAGCAGACACUUGCACCUGCUGAACUUGCUAGGGAGUGGGCGCCAAUGAACGCUUUGGUGCCAGUUCCACUGACAGCAAAACUGGGAGCUCAGAUGCCAGAGAAGUGUCCACCACCUGGGAUUCCCAUGGUACAUCAACAACGGUGAGCCACUGGAAGUUGCGGUGCUGCUGUACAAACCGUUACUGGCAGACGUCUACUUCUAAAGGAAGAUCCGACAUUACUUGAUUAGAAGGAGGAUUACGAUCCUUAGAAGAAAGCUUCUUAUCAGUAGAUGAUGAAGUGCCCUUACAUGAAGCCUGGCACUUCAGCAGCUGUGAAAAAUCUCCUAAAGAAAGGCUGUCCGAUGAAAAGUGCUCCGGACUAUCCCAGUGGAUACAAGAAGAUUGCUCUCUUGCUUUCUUACACAGCACAGAAGAAGACUGACACACACUCACAGCUCUCCUUUUCAACGGGCACGAUUUCUCCACAAAAUACCCAGGAGACGAGCCUGAAUAAUUUCCUAGCCUAAUUUUUUCUACACACAACAAUCAUUCAAGCUACCCACCUGUUCAUGUUUCUCGGUUCCAUUUUAGUCCAGCUUGAGUCUUUGAACAACACUACAGCAAGACUUACAAUCCUUAAAUUCCUAAAAGAGAGAGAGCUCUCUCCUACCCUACCAAAACACCAGAUCCAUCCCGCCUCUACUUCUGGCACGACCCGCAGAUUUCAAAAAUUUUAACUGCCGAACAUAUGAAACUAGUAAUAGCUAUGUACUACUAGGUAAGUAAAUAGAUAUAAAAUCAUAAAUUUUAAAAGUAAAUUGUAUUUUUCUCAUUCCGAAAGGCACUGCCCUCCAACAUAAGAGAAGACUUGAGAAUAAGUCACUAAAUUGUCACAACACUCCGCUCCUCGCGCGAUAAGCGAGCAAAGAGGGCGAUGGAGAUAUAAGUCCGGAAGGAGAAAACACUAUAAGGAAGAAUACCAGGAGAGAUAAACUAAAGGCAAAUGCUCCUUAGUGUUCCUCCUGGCAAAAUUCCAACAGAGCAAGAGGAACAUCUAAAAAAUAAUCAUAACAAACAUACUUCCGUGCCCUUAUCAAAGGGCAUAUGAAUGUGAUAAGGGUCACUAUUUAAACCCUUGGCUACGGACCCCAAGACACACAUGCUGGGGAAAGCAGCCUGUAAAACUAUCACAAAUCAUGGAUUUGUAUAUUAAUUAAUAAAUAACUGUAUACAGUCGGCUCCCCCCCCCCAUAUUCGCGUUCUCAAGAUUCUCGGACUCGCCUGUUAGCAGAUUUCUCUUUGGACCAUAUCUACCCAUUAUUUGCAGGAAAUUCGCCUAUUUGCGUUAUUUUUCUUUGAGAAAUACUCAAAUUAUACUGUAUUUUCAUAUCAUUUCAUGACUAAAUGCACAGUUUGUGAUGAUAUUCAGUUAUAAGCAUUUUUGGAGGGUUAUUCUUGUGUUUGAACUAUCAAAUUAGGCAUUUAAAAGCAUUUUUAGAGGGGCUCUUAAGUAUUCGUGGAUUUUAGCUAUUCACAGUGGGUCUGUGAUGCAUCCCCCGCAAAUACGGGGGGUUUACUGUAUUCAAUAUAUUAACAAAAGAUCCCACUGGGAAAAUCAAGUUUAAAGAGCUCACAAAAACACUUUGCUUUGCAUGAUGGUUGAAAGCAAAGUGGAAUGUUUACAUCAAGGCAGGUGGGUCUCCCCACCUACCAGAUGGUAGUUACUGUCUAACCACCUUGUUCAAGAGUUUCAACAGCCGUGUUCCAGCUUCGUGGUAAGCAAUUCCUAUUGUAAAGGACCAGGGGCUUGUAUAUUAUGUAGGAACAAAUAUAUUGAAUUCAUUAGGAGGGUUCCUACAUAUGGAAGGAUACAGGUAUGUCUAAUGUCCUGACAGUUACAAGUUUAGUUUUGAUGCUCAGCCUCAACAUCCUACUAUUUUUAGUCAAGUUAACUUGGUAAGUAAGUAUGACAGGUCCCAUCAUCACUCCUUGUGAUGUGUGGUUAAAGCACUAUGCUAAUGCGGACUGCUGAAAGUUCACAUUUAUGUGAGCUACGAUUUUUCCUACAUAAAUACAAACCUUUGUUCUUUACAAAGGAUUUAGCUUGUGACUCAAGCUGGAAUGGCCAUUUAAACUUAUUGACAAGGUGGUCAACUACUGACAGGCAGGGGAAGCCCGCCCACUUGUCGUUCUGCACUCCACUUUGCUCCUGGCCUCUGUCGAGUCAAGAUGUUUCUCAUGAUUCUCUGCCUGACUUUUGCAGUUGAAACUUAUGGCAAUUUUCAGCAUUGGUAAAGGGGCAUUUUACAGUGCCUUAAAGCACCGAUACAUCAAGUUACGGUGCUGUAAAUCCCAUUGACGUUGCUAACGUCAAGAAUGGGCAUCAAGUUGACAGCGAUUACGUAUGUUCCACAGAAAAACCUGAGAAUUGGUGAGUCCAUGAAUUGUGAGACUGCUAAUAGCAGUGUUUGACUGUACUUAAUGGGCCAAAACUCUAGCAUCUAAUACAUCUCAUCUGAGUGGUACGUUAAAGCUGCCGGGUUCAUUUCUCUGCUCCUAAUGGACCAGGAAGGUAACACCCCAGGUGGGGCAAACCUACCAGUCAGUUCAGAGAUUACCCAAAUUCCUCCCACCAAUCAGUAAGUCUCUUAUGUAAAGAACAAAGGUUUGUAUUUGUGUAGGAACAAAUAGCACAUUUUAAAUGUAAUUUGUAUUUUUCCUAACAUAGAAACCUGAAGUUCUUUACACCUGAGUCACCCCACAAUCUGGUAUCUGGGCUGGAAGGCAAAAUGAGUGACCGACAGGUGGGUGGGGCUUCCUCCACCUGUUGGUAGUUGACUACCUUGUCAAUAAGUUUGAAUGGCUGUUACAGCUCACAUAACUUCAGGUUUUAAAAAUUUGCUAUGUUUCAGACUUUCCUCUCUCCCUAUUGAGCUUAGGAUGUCUGUUGUAUACCUCAAAUCAAAGCCCAAAAUGGUGUAUACUCACAGCUAGUUAUCUUGGCCUAAACAUUUUUUGAAUGAUAUAUCUACUUAAAACUUCCUUUAUGCUCUGGCUACAGAGAUUUUACACACACUACAGUUCAUGUUUACUGUAAAUCACAAGGCUUUUACAAGAAAUAAUCCAAGUAGAGGGGAUCUCUUUUCCAAUUUGAUAAACUUUUAUUUUACAUAUUACUGAAUAAAAAGCUUCCAACUUGGAGUGCCCUUAUCCUAUCUCCUCAGGUUAGUGAACAUCUCUGAGUCAUAGAAAUAUCAGUGCUUGACAUUGAAGAGUGGGUUCUUCCAAGUGAGAAGAGUCUUGAUUGUCACACCUCUACCACAAUGCAUGCUUUAGCAACAGUUUAGUACUCAAGUUGGGCACUAAGCCUAUGUGGAGGUAAAGGUUUGUAUCUCUAAUUAUUUUAAAUUUUACAUGUAGUUUGCACAGUGAAAGAACAAAAAAAAAUUGUCAAAAAUAUGGUUAACAUAUCUUACAAGGUCAAAAUGACACUCGUUUAAACAAUUGGAGAGAGCUCCUAACUUGGUAACAUGACCUACAUUUCAUGGUUGAAUGCCACCCCUGAAGUUAGCGGAAAAUCAAAUAGCAAACUCUAGGCAAAUUCAAACUCCCGCUACUACAAAAAUAUACAUUUAUUUCCCAAAAAUAGCUUAAGAAAGAUGAAAAUGGAAUAAAUGAGUUAAGAAAUGUCUCAAAAAAAAAAAUGUUAAACUAUCAUAUCCUUCCCAAAAUCUUAUUUAAGUAAGUACCCCUCUUAUCUCUUUCUGUCCAAGAAUUCAUAGUUUAUCAAAAGUCAGUACAAGUCUAGAGAAACCCCAUUUUUCUAUAUGGUGACUUUGAAUCCAUCUGAAAAUGAGAAGAUAGUUAUCAGACAAGUAAACAUUAAAGUUCAUCAAUAAAAUGUGUGCCACAUAGCACUCCCCUUUCUCUAGAACUGAACUUAAUGUCACUUCACUUUUACCUUUUCCGACAGACCUCCGAACGCCUCUUCUGUGGGGUGUUCCACACACAAUCAAACAAUAUCAGGGAGUAAACCUUUAGUUCUCAUAUAAGAGAUUAUAACUCACUUUCUGUGACUCACAUAUAUCGAAUGUAUGCCCACUAAUGCCCACUAACCGAUGUACGGAUACACGCAUACAAUGUAGCUUGGUAACUUUUGCUGUGAUUAACUCAUGUCUCUGGAAUGCAUCAACGACCUCAUUUAUGCAUACUGCUUGUUUUCUAUUUGUUUUUGAUCUCAGCAUCUAUGAGGAAUCUAGCGAUUGCACCUGUCUCUAACCGGCAAGAGCUAAGGUUAUCAACCCCACUAUUCAAAUAUAUAUAUUUAUCAUGAUAAGUGUGUUCUGUCUGGAAUAAUAUUUACUGUUAAACAGAAAAAUUCAGAGCAAAUCAUCAAAAAACUCCAUGAAGACAAUGUAGAAAUUUUAUUGUCUUGCAGUUGGAUACUAGAGAAAAACUAGCUGUUAAUAAUACACUCUGAUCUAAAAAAUCUGGCUUUCUGUGGUCUGGGAACUCCUUGAUCCGGGAUAUUUUUUAAUCAGCCACCAUUAGUCUUUAGCAUCUACCAAGGAGUCACCACGUUUCAGUUUUUGGAUUUAGGCGCUGAAGCUGUUCCGUAAAUACACAAGCAACAGUUUAUUUCCAAUGAAAACAUUCUUUGAAACUAAAAAUAUAUAGUUUACAUACAGAGGAUACAGAAGUACCGUAAUUUAUGUAUAUACUUGGGUAUCAUCCAAUCUUGUGUAUCAUGUGAUCAUUGAAAUUUUGUCCAAAAACAUGAUUUCAUCAUAUACAUUGUGUAUUAUAUAGUGUGAGAUGUUUUUUUAGUAGAUUACACUUUGUUAGGCUUUCUAUGCCUGUCUCGGUUUCGAUAGAUACCAUUGAUAAUGCAUAUUAUAUCUGAAUUAGCGUUUAACUAUAAAUAUGUUUAGAAGCCAAAGGUCAUUAGGUUGAAUGCAAAUCUUCAUACACUAAAUCAAUCUUACCAACAUUGUGACUUGUGUAAGAAUUCAUCACUAUUUCUUAUAAUUAACAACCAUUUACUAGUACUGCAUGCAAAACACAGGCAUAAACAAAGUACUGACAUAAACAGCUGUUUGCCGAUGUCAGUUACCAUAACAUGUUUAUUAAGGGUUACGUUACAGUUGUCGUGCCAAUAUCAGUUACCACAACAUGUAUAUUAAGGGUUGCGUUACAGUUGUCGUCUUGUUAAAAAUUUGCUCAAUUUUAAUGGUGACUUCCAUAAAUAAGAAUAAAAUAAAUCUAUUCAUCUUUCACUCAACGGAGAGGGAAGUGUUAAAAAAGUUUGCCACUAAAUUUAUGGUUGUAGCUGAGGCAGAAGUGAAUAAUGUGCAGGCCACAAAAUGUUCUGGAAGAGCCAAAAGCAACAUCUGAUAUUGUAGCAACUCUUGGCAGAAUAUAAAUGGCACAUGUUUACUAUGUUCAUAAUUUAUAAAUCGAUGUGGCAACAAUGUAUAAAAUAUAAUUGCAUACAGUACGUAAAAAAACAGGUUUGGCAUAGGAAAAACCUAUUUUUGGUAGCCGCUGUGAGUCCUCAAAGGAGUUACUCUCAUGGGUCCAAUAGAGGCUCCAUAAGAUAGAGCAACUAAUAUUGAAGACCUCUCUUGUAGUCAUUCUUGGCCAAUAUAUUGCAUGUUGACAAAAAGGCUCUUUCUCUCGUCUACAGCAACUAUACCUCGGUUCCAUUCCUAUUGUCAACUUACAAGAUUGUGGCAAGAGUACAUCUUAUGUAGGUCGCCAUUGUGUCAGUCGCGUAUCUGCACAAGACCCGGCCUUCAUAACUCUCUUUUAGGUCUAUGCAGAAUAAUUAUUCACUAAAUCCCAUGCCUUUUUGUCAGGGAAAGUGGGUUUGUCUGAGGACUCACAGUAGCUACCAAAAAUAGGUUUUUCCUACAUUAAAACCUAUUUUUUUUUUAUAGUGUAGCCACGGUUCAUUCUCAAAGAAGCUUACCAAAAAAGUAGACAGGUGACGAAAUGGGUUAAACUCAUAAAUUCAAUCCCAACAACCCAGAUAAAAUUUUUGGUCCAAGAGCAAGCCACAAGUUUUAAAACAUUCUUUAUUCCAGAUACCCUUAAGGGUUUGGAAACGAAAAACAUGAAACUAAACAUGAAUUUAUGUUUUUUAGGAUGUAGUUCUACAAUGAUAUACCUAAAUAUGCUGGGUUUCAUCGCAGUAUUGUUGCACCUUUCCCAGUGAUAUCUUAGCGUACCCACCACAUCAAGAAGACCCCUGGUUUUCCACUUUAACAUCUAUGGGGUCAGGACUAACCAUACUGUCUCUGAUGACCACACUGUAGACUCAGAGACUUCUUUGUAAGAAACAUUUUUGAAGAAAGCCUAUGAUGUGCUUGCUUUCCUAAUGCCAUAUGAGUUAGGAAAGGAGUGUGGGUCUGCCUUUUUAAUUAGGGCCACUGAAUUUAUUCUCACCUCUUGUAGGGGCCAGGGUACAAGCUGUUUUAGUGAUGUAGCGUCUCCGUCUAAAAGAGUCCGGUUUACUAAUAUGAACUCCUGAUGCCAAAGUAGUCAAGAGCAUUGCCUUUUGCAGCUUAUGAGUCAUGGUUGUAUUGGGCCCACUGAACUGAGGGGCUGACAGAAGCUGAGGCACCUUAUCAGGGACCAAGUAAUUGGAAGCCUUGGAGGAGCUGGUCUUUGUAAUGCAAAAGACUGGAGAAGUAACAAUUUCUAUAUUAGAAUCAAUACGAAAUCCAUAAGGCAACGGUUCCGUUGGUGUUGCUUUGCAUGCCUUGACUGUUGUAACAGAAAGGCAUUUGUCUUCAACAGAGUUCCCACCUGGGCUCUCAGCAUGGACGUAAUCUAACCAUACUUUCCAUAUGGGCUGGUAAUAUUUGUCAAAUAGAUAUGUCCAUGGUUUCUGCACUAGGUACCUAGCAAUGUUGGGUGGGUAAUUUUCACGACAGACAAGAUUUAAAAGAUCCACAUAUGAAGGUCUCUGCUCAGAGAGGAGGAUGCGUAGAUAACUUUCCCUCCUACUGUCUGGGAUAGGACAACGGACAAUAAUGGAAUAGAGUUUUUCGCCUGUUGUUGAAGUAAUAGGAACUAAUGCCUGUUUGAACAAUUUAGGGCUACCGUCAAUUCCCCGUAUUCGUGGACUCACGUAUUCACGGAUUUCUCUCGGGAACAUGUACCUCCAUUAUUCAGGGGGAAAUUCGCCUAUUGGUCCACAAAUUCUUUUUUUUCUUCUUAGCAAUUUAAUCAUAAAAGGAACUUUUUGUGAUCAAACUUAAAAAACCAGGUAUAAAAAUUUUUAGUAGGUUUUUCUUGAGUCAUAACUAAUAAAAUAGGCAGUUUUAAGUGUUUUUAUAGGGGUUUCAACUUUUUGCGGGUGGUUUGGUUACACAUCCUCACGAAUACAGGGGGAAUACUGUAUUUCAGUAACUGGCUUCUUUAAAGGUUAGAAGCUUGUUCAAGACUGAAAUCUGGAAGUUAGUGGAAGCAUGCUGGCAAGUAAUUUAGUAGUGUGAUUAUCUAACCUUCACUCUGUUGAGGUUGUUGUUUCCCUUGAUAGAGAGUCUUCUAUUACAUCGAGAGACCAAUUGUGGACAAGUGCCACUUCAUUUGUUGGCUACCUCGAGAGUACCAUAAACAACCAACCAAACUAAUUUUUGUCUUGUGGGAGAUUGCCAUCUCCCAACUUUUCAUGAAAUAAACUACCAGCUAGAAAGUUUCUAAAACUUUUCACUGUGACUUAAAACUAUGUACUUUGCUUGCUACUGAGUUUUGGGUCUUCCAUAAUAACCGAAAUAAGAUCUAUGAGCACUUAUCAACAGAUGACAUUAUGUCGUGUGUUGACGCUUGCAUAAACCAGAGAGUAAUGAAGACUGGGUCUUGCACAGGUACAUGGUCUACACAAUGGCGACCUACGUAAAAUGCACUGUUGCCACUAUCUUGCUGGUUGAUGAUAGUUAUGGAAUCGAGGAAGUUGCUGUAGACAAGAGAAAGAACCCUCUUGGCUUGAGUCCUAUAUUCUAUCAGUGUCAACAUGCAAUACACUGGCCGAGACAGACUAAAAGAAUUCUUUGAUAUUAUUGGUCUAUCUUAUGGAGUCUCUAAUGGACCUAUGAGAGUAACUCCUUGUAGGACUAACGACAGUUACUCUAUCAAAACAAUGUUUACUAAAUUAUCAUUAUUCUUAAUACAACUGUAUUAUUUGACUUUUGCAAAUGGAUAUCUGUCAGUGUUAUAACCUGUCCAAGCCAAAAGUCUCUCUCUCUCUCUCUCUCUCUCUCUCUCUCUCU